AUGGCAUCUGAAAAACCUGUCGCAGUCCUAAUAAUCCACGGUGCAUACUUCCUCCCCUCCGCCUGGAAGAAUUUCGGCAACCAUCUCACUCAAGCUGGACUAACAGUCCGCUGCCCCCACCUCCCAAGCUGCAAUGACUCGCAGCCACCCACAAGCCUCCUAAAAGAUGACUUGCAUGCGGUACGCGCAGCAGCAAAAGAUCUCAUAGCCUCAAACCACAAAAUAAUUGUCCUCGCACAUUCAUACGGUGGCAUCGUCGCCUCAGAAGCAAUCACCCCGGACUUAUACUCCGAUAGACUCGGAGGUAGUGGCGUCGUAUCCCUUAUCUAUCUAUCUGCGUGGCUGAUCGUGCCUGGUGAAAGUCUUCAAGAUAUAUUUGCUAGACACGGAGCACAGAGUGAAGUUGAUCUAGGCAUGCACAGUGACGAAGUGGUGUUUGCUAAGAACGCGCCGGAGUCAUUUUACAAUGAUAUUGAGCGGGGAGAGGCGGAGGAGCUGGCGAAGAAGAACGUUACUCAUCAUUGGACUGUUGCUAUGGGGAAGAUUGGGCAUGCGCCGUGGAGGGAUCUUCCUCUGGCUUAUGUGUUUUGUUUAAGGGAUAAGGCAAUUUUGGGACCCUUGCAGAAGGCUAUGGUGAAGGAUGCGGUGGAUGCGGGUGGGGAUGGGAUUGUUACGGAUAGUAUUGAUUCGGGACAUUGUCCUUUCUUGAGCAAACCAGGGAAAUUUCAGAGGAUUAUUGAGGGAAUUGUUUCUACUGUUACUAAAUAG